AUUUCGAAUGUUCGUUUUUUGAAUUUUUAUUUUUGUAAUUUGUAAUUUUAUUGAGCACGAUAACCUGUUAGUACAGACUUUGAAUCAGGUCAAGGAAGUUGUUGUAAUUCAUAAUUUCAAUCUUUUGCUCUGCACUCUGUACUUUACAGCUUUAAAAGUUAUUUUUGCCACGUAAACCGCUAUUUAAAAUGGGUAAACCACUGACCCUUUCCGAAUACAGUAACUGGCUGCAGGCGCUCUGUGUUGAAAGUCUAGUGAUUAGUCGUACAGCUGUGCAGCUUGCAGAAAGGGCAGAGAAAAUCGUUUCCCUCAGAGAAAAAAUAUCGCUUCGAGUGCACGAGAAACGCCAGAAGGCAAAGCAGUUGGACGAACAAAUAGCACAGAUCACGCGAGAUACUCAAUCGGUGCGGGAAUGUUUGGCUGAUGCAGAAGCGAAACAUGCUAGACUUUCAGAGGAAAACGAAUCAUUAAAGCGGGAGUUGGUCGAACAAGAGGCUUCCGCACAACAGUGUUCUCAAAAUCUACCGGAUUUGGAAGAACGACGGAAGCUGCUGGAGCAGGAGAAGUCGGAAUUGGCAGCGCUCAAACAGUCCGUGGCCGAAGCUUUGGAUUGUACUAACGUGUGGGAUGUUCUACCGAUUUUGUUGGCUCCCUGCGACACAAACAGCAAAACGACGACGAGUACGAACUGGAGUAAACUUAUGAAGAAAUGAUAGUAUGCUUAUAGCACUAUUUACACCGAUCUGAUCCGUUUCAGUGACAAUGUAGUACCGUGUCCGUGCACGGUACUGAAACUGUUUGGAAUGGUGUAAAUUUGGCUUAUAUCAGAGGAUAUUGAUCCGCAUACAAAGUAUAAAACAUCAUCAUUUUAUAAAUUUGAUAACUAAUGACUAAUAAGUAUAGUGUAUGUUCUUGUGCGAUUAUUACUUUAGGUAUGUGAAAGUUGGAGAGUUUUCGUUUGAAUAAAAAAUAGAGA